CCUGAAGAGGUCGGUAGUGUAUGAUCACAAAUUACAUCUUACUUUCUGUGGAAUAAUUUUAAUAUUCAAGUUAAAAUUAUAGAAUAUAUCAUACUAAUUGUUAAAAGUACGGUGGGAAUUAAAGAAUGAGUUUUAUGGAGGAGCAAAGGUCGCAAGGUGCGGUCGAUGAGCGAUUUCAGGCCUUCAUAGAGACUGAAGCUAAGAAACAACAGUUUCAGGAAUUGGUAUAUAAUUUAACUGACAUCUGUUGGGACAUCUGUGUCGAUGAACCUUCUCCUCGUUUGAGUGCUAAGAUAGAAAAGUGUCUUGUAAACUGUGUAGAAAGAUUUAUUGAUACAACAAAUUUUAUUACAAAUAGAUUAGAACGUGUAGUUGUAAAUAGUUCUUCAGAACUAGAUAUGGAAUAAAUCACUCCAUAAUCAGGAAAACUUCGUAAAAUCUAAGAGAAGCUAUUGUAAGCGUUUACGAUACGAAGUAUGUAGCAUUUUAUAGACGUACAGCGUGUUAAAUAUCUUAUAUUGAAAAAUGUUAUCAAGAAUCAGAGGAUUUGU